UGAAUUACCCCGAGGUCAGUGGCUGCAAGUAAAAUGGUCUGCAUUUAGCUGUGAAGGAUGAAGGAAUUUUACAAAUUAAAAUCAACAAAAAACAUUUUUUUUAUUAUUAUUUUAAUCAGUAAUGUGUUCUGCUGAGGAAUCUGAAUCAAACUGAUUGGUCAUACUGGCAAAUCUUUUUAUCACAUGACAACAAAUUUUAUGGGCUGCUGUGUAUAACAGAAGUUCUGUUCAUUUUGUGAUGUCCACUGCUCCUGUCUCUGCUCUGCCCACUUCACUUCUUCAGUUCAGACUCAUGUUGUAGCUGUCAUGUGUAACAGAGACGCUUCGCUUCAGAUGAACAGACUUCAACAUAUCAAGGACCAUAUUUUAUCUGAGGAGAAGAAUAUGGACUUGCCCGUGAUGCUGCCUAGCCCUCUCACAACUCAUGUGCUGAAUAUAGCUAAUGGAGUUCCUGGAGCAAACAUGACCAUCAGCCUCCACCGCUUAGACCCCAUCUCAUCAUUGUGGAACGAACUUACAACCAGGAUAACUAAUGAUGAUGGACGUUGUCCAGGCUUAAUAACAAAAGAAACCUUCAUUCCCGGUGUGUAUAAAAUGCGUUUUGAGACUGGGAAGUAUUGGAAUGCUUUAGGAGAGAUAUGCUUCUAUCCAUUCGUAGAGGUUGUUUUUACUAUUGCUGAUCCUUCACAGAAGUACCAUGUUCCUCUCCUAUUGAGUCGUUUCUCUUAUAGUACCUACAGAGGAAGUUAGAUGCAACAUAAUACAUGAUAAAUAAAUAUUUUACAUUCUGAAUUUCUGAAAUUUCUGCAAAUAACAGUGUAAGACAUUUCUAAACACUUAAAUGUUAUGUAGAUCAGGAUUUGAUUGCUUCUACAGAAAUUUAUUGGAUUAGAUUGCCUAAAAAAAAUGAAAAAUUUGUACUGAACACUUGUUAUAUACAUUAAUUUGUCAAAUUAAAACCUAUACAAUUAAAACCAAACUGAUUAUCUAA